GAAUUUUCGAAUCUGCCCUGCUUUGCUCUGUCCUUCCGCCGGCUGCUCCUACUUUGUGGGGGGUGAUUUGCUCCGGUUUUGGUUUCCCAUGAAUUUUCUGCACUUCUCGCCGGCCUCCCCAAGUCACAACUCCGAUUCUUGCUGGAUUUAUGGAAAAUUCGGACAGCACAGGGCAGCAAAUAAAUGGACAAAAUUCAACAACUAAUUGAUGAAAUUUCGGGCUUGGAGGAGCUGUCAACAUACCAGAAUUUAGUAGCUGCAGAACUAGGCCUGGCAGGGGGGAGAAGCCGGCGGCAAUUCUACAAGGGACUCACGGAAUUAACCUAAAAUUGAAGGAACAAUAGAUUUAAGAUGAACCCAAGCUAAAUCAAGCUGAAAAGAUGAAGUUCAUCGCUGUGGCUUACUAGAAAAAUCGAAACCACUACCCACAGCAGCAACCGGCGGUAAAGGAGGGAGAAGGCAGCAGCAGAUCUGAAAAUUUCUGGGUUGAGAAAGAGAGUUCUAAGUCCUAAAACUUGUUAUUGAGCAAGAAAGAAGGAGAAAUUUCAAGUUUUGUCACCAAUUUUCUCAAAGAAAUGAGUCGGUGGCUG